GGGGCGCCAAGAAGAAGAAGAAGAAGAAGAAGAAGAAGCAGAAGAAGACAAGAACGACGAUGAAGGAUGAAGAAUUCCAGCAUUGUUCAAUGAGGAUCCGAGAGGUGCAUGGCAUCUGUACGGGAUUUCGUCAUCAUCAACUUCAUCAUGAACGGCACGUGGGUGGAUGAUGCAUCCUGGCCGUGACUGGGCUAUGGUAGAUUUUUUUUGAUUUUUUUUUUUUUUCUUCUUGUUGGAGUCAGUCGUCUUCUCUCUCGUGAUUUUGUUAUUCCAUGAUUGUAUGGUUUAUAUGAUUUUGGUGGUGGGCCUCAAGCUUCUGAUCUUGUGAUUAAUCGGCCAACAAAAUUGCUCUUUUUGUGAUUCUAUGGAGAUGGUCAGACCUGAUAUGAUGAUGUAUCUUAAUGUUCAUCGUACCUGGUCAUUCUCUCUCUCAUGCCUCUCUACCUUCUGCUCCCUAUGACACUAUAGGCGAGAGAACGACCUCCGAGGAGGAGGAGGAGGAGGAGGAGGAAGGAGGUGGUGGAGGGUGUGCACCCAGCUAGAACCAACGAUUAGGAGGAGGAGGAGGAGGAGGAGGAGGAGUAAUGCAGAUCAAAGACUAGGUAGGGGAAGGAAGGGGUGCAUGGAGAUUUCAAUCACGGAGAAGGAGCUGGAUGGAGAUCUAAGAUUAGGAGUAGUAGUAAGAGGAGGAGUAGGAGGAGGAGGAGGAGGAGGAGGAGGCGUAUUGGGAUCGAGGCCAUUAGGAGGAGGAGGUGGUGGUGGAUGAAGAGACACGACUAGGAGAAGGAGGAGGAGCAGGUGCAGGAAGAUGAACGACUAGGAGAAGGAGGAGGCGUAUUGGGAUCGCGGCCAUUAGGAGGAGGAGGAGGAGGUGCGUGGAGAUCCAGGAGUAGUGGUAGGAGGUGGAGGUGGUGGAUGAGGAGAAAAAGGAGUCUCAUUGGGAUCGCGGCCAUUAGGAGGAUGAGGAGGUCGAUGAGGAGACACGAUCAGGAGCAGGAGGUGGAUUAGGAGAAGGAGGUGCAUGCAGAUCAAACGUCCUAGGAGAAGGAGGAGGUGCUCAACGAUCAACGGUUAGCAAGCCCCCUCAGCAGGUUUGACGGGUGUGCGGCUCGUACCCGAGGGUGCAGAGGACUUUGAAGACAAGUUGUUGUGGUCGUUGUUGGAGUAGGAGGAGGAGGAGGAGGAGGAGGAGACUACGACGUUGAAGACAAGGUAGACGAGGAGGGGGGGGGGUUGGAGCAAGGAGCAAGGAGCAGGAUCAGGAGGAGGAGGAGGAGGAGCAGGAGGGCGAGGAGAAGCAGGGGGCGGGGGAGCUGACGUGUGCAGCGUCGGGAUCCCGACAUGACGACAAGCAGGCGAUACACACGCAGGAGCGCGGCCGCCGCUGCGGCCGCCGCCGGUCUUAGCCCCUCAGCGACGGAGAUUGAUGUUGACGUAGCCGCUAAGCUGCAGGAUAUGGCGGAAGCGUACUUCAGUGACACGAACUUGCAGCAUGACAAGGCGCUGAGGGAGAAGAUAAAGGGGGAUGAGGAGGGGUAUGUGCCUCUCUCCCUGGUGUGCUCCCUGCCUCACAUCAACACCUUGCUGUCGAUCCCGUCGUCGGGGGAGACGGCCAGCGUGCCGCCUGGGACCAUCUCGUCGAUGGCUGAGGUCCUACAGAAAUCCCCCAGCUUGACCCUCAGUCCCGACCGAAUGAAGAUCAAGCGAUCCCAACCGUUCGCUGAGAUGGGAGAUACCGACCACCGGAGUUUGAUAGCAGAUCCCUUCCCGUGGAACGUGAAGGCGAACGAGGUGAAGGAGUUCUUCUCCCAGUUUGGUAGUGUGAAAGGCGUGCGGCUGCGCCGAUACAAGGGGAUUUUCCCGGGCUCUGUCUUCGUGGAGUUCUCGUCAGAAGAGGAGAUGGAGAGAGUGGUGAAGAUGAGCCUCGAGUUCCAAGGGGCGCAGCUGGAUAUGGAGAGCAAACCUCAGUUCCUGGAGAGGAUGAAGAAGGCGGCCAAGGAAGAAGAAGCGAUGGCGGAAGCCGACAGGAAGACGACACGUGGCGCAGUUGAGAUCGAUGACAGCCAAGUGAAGAAAGAAGAAGAAGGAGAAGGGGAAGGGGAUGGUUUGGCGGCGGGAGAGGGAGAGGGAGAGGGGGAGGAAGGCGGCGUUGGCGUUGGGGGAGGAGGAGGAGGAGGAGGAGGGGAAGAGGAGGAUCGCAAACGAGGCUAUAGGGUCGGGCUGGUGCUAGAGGUGCGGCUGCGAAAGGGGGAGGAUGGCCUGAAUGAGGAAAUGGACAAGAAGAAGAUGGAAGUAGUGGAUAAGGUUGAAAAAGUUCAGGAGAGAGAGGAGCAGGAGGAGGAGGUGGUGGUGGAUCCCGUGAGCAAACGCAGACGAAUUGGCGACAUGGAGACGGGAGGAGGAGGAGGAGGAGGAGGAGCAGGGGGAGGAGGUGGUGCCGUCAUCGUUAAACACGGCGGAGUGGAAAAUGGAGAAGGGGUGUGUGAAAUUGCCCAGGCAGUGGAGGAGGGAAAGGAUGACGUCAACGUUAAACACGUGGAGGAGGAGGUGAUUGCGAACUACAGCUGUAAUUCUGAGCAGCAGGUCGAUGGCAAGAGCGAAAAGGUUGACAUCAACAUCAACCCCGCCGAGGAGGGAAAGGUUGAAAUCAACAUCAAACCCGCCGAGGAGGAGGAAGAGAUCGUAGGGAACAGUGUGCAGGAAGGAGUUACGGAGGAAAAGUGUGACGUCAACGUUAAACACGUGGGGGAAGACAAAGAAGAAGAGGGGAACAAGGGGGAGGAGGAGGAGGAGAGCAAACCGGAUGUUGAACAGAGAGAGGAGAAGGAGGAGGAGGAGAAGGAGGAGGAGGAGGAGGAGGAGGAGAAGGAGGAGGAGGAGGAGGAGGAGCAGAGCAAACCGGAUGUUGGACAGAGAGAGGAGAAGGAGAAGGAGGAGAAGGUGGAGGAGGAGGAGAAGAAGAGGGAGGAGGGGAAAUUGAACGCGGAUGGCGAUAAUCUAGGUGGAAAAGAAGUAGAAAUGGAGUGCAAGAAUGUGGAGGAAGCAGAGGAAAACUUAGUCAGCAAAUCGGACAGAGGUGGCGAUGAUCUAAAUGAGAGAAAAGAGGAGGUUAUGCACAUGGAAGAGAGAGAGAAAGGAUUGAACAUCACCUCCUCCAUCGACUCAAAUGAAGAGGGACCAAAAGGGGAUAAGGAUGUGGAGAAGAAUGUGGGUGAGGAUGGGGUUAAGGAUGUGGAUGAACCUAUGGAAGUUGAGGGCGAAAGGGAGGAAGAGAGGACAGUGAAUAGACAGGAAAUUCUAGAGGGCAGUAUGCUGGAAGAAGAGAGCAACGAGCCAAAGGGCAGUGGGCAUCCUGACACGGAAGACAACGGUACGAGAGAGGAGGAGGAAGGGAAGGAGAAGGUAGGUGGUGCUGAUGUUGUUGAGGGUGUUGUGGCAAUGGAGGAGUGUCAUCUAGCUGAAGGUCCGCAAGACAAAGAUUCCGAAUUGGAGGGUGUAAUAGAUAGCACAAACGAAGUGCAAAUGGAAGGGACAGAAGGCAGAGUGCAUGAGGAGACGAGGGAGGAGGGGAUGGUGGAAACCGGUGUCCAGGGCGAGGAGGAGAAGAGAGGAGAAGUUGAGGGAGAGAAGGCCAUCGAGGAGGGGAAGAAGAAAGGUGUGGAGUCGGACGUGACCUGUGCUGAAGGUUCGCAGAAGAAAGCUGCGGCCUUGGAUGUUGUGCUUGGUACCCCUGAUGUGCAAAUGGAAGGGGCCGACGGUGGCAUGCAUGGGGAGAAGCGUGAGGAGGAGGAGGAGGUGGUGGUGGUGAACACUGGCACCCACCGCGCGCAGGAGAAGACAGGAGAAGAAGGUAAGGGUGAGGAGGUCGUUGACGCGGAGGAGAAGAAAGCUCCUGAGCCAGCCAUGGCACAAGCUGUGCCAAUCGACGAGCAACAGGUGGACAAGCAUCAUGGGGAGAAGAGGGAGGAGGAGGAGGAGGAGGAGAAGGUGGAGAAGGUGGAAACCGGCGUCCCUGGCGAGCAGGAAAAGACGGGAGGCGAAGGUAACGGGGAUCCGAUCGAUGCGGAGGGGAAGAAGGAAGACAUGACACAGGCUGUGCCAAUGGAUGACCAGGAAGCUAACCAGGGGCAUGAUCAGAACAUGGUCCAGUGUAAGGAGGGUGUAGGGGUUAAUGAGGAGGAGGAGAUGGGAGGGGCGGAUGUAGAGAAAGGAGGAGGGAGAGAGGAGAAGCAAGAGGAAGAAGAAGGUGGUGGUACUGGGGAUAAUAUAGAGGAUUCAAACGAGAAUGAGCAGGUUGGCAAGGGCAAGGAAGAGAUUGGAGCAGGUGAGAGAGGGGCAAAUGAGAAAGAUGUAGUAAAGGAAGAAGAUUUGAAAGAAGUUUUUGAGAAGUAUGGUGCUGUAAAGCGUGUCGAUUUUGCACCCGGCUGUCAUUCUGGAUACGUCCAGUUCAGUAGAAAAAGGGCAGCCGAGGCGGCGGUGGAGGCAUCGAAGCGUGUGGAUCGGGGUGAAUUCAAAGUCAAAGAUAAAUUCCUCACCGUACGAUUGCUACAAGGCGAGGAGGAGAGGGAGUAUUGGGAGAAAGUAGUUGGGCAUUUCAAAGGUAGAAAAAGUGACGGCCAGAAGACCCCCACCAAAUCAGCACGAGGAAGGGGGCGGCAAAGAGGAGGUGGCAAACGCUGACCCGUGGAAGAGCGGCAAACAGCCGAGACUGCCAUGUAUACGAA